AUGUCAAAAAACACAACAGAGAACUCAACUAACCCUCACUCAGCAAUUCUAGGUCUGUUCCUGGGAAGCAUUUCACUGAUCACUAUUGUCAUGAAUAUAUUAGUACUAUGUGCUGUGAAAACUGAAAAGAAGCUGCAAACAGUUGGCAAUUUAUACAUUGUCAGCCUUUCUAUUGCAGAUCUUAUAGUUGGUGCAGCUGUAAUGCCCCUGAAUAUUGUUUAUCUCCUAAGUCCUGUGUGGCCUCUAGGCUUACCAGCCUGUUCGUUCUGGCUGUCUAUGGAUUAUGUGGCCUGUACUGCAUCCAUUUUCAAUCUCUUCAUAUUGUGCAUUGACCGUUACCGUUCAGUUCAGCAACCACUGAAAUAUCUCAAGUAUAGGACAAAAAUGAGAGCAUCGCUAAUGAUUUUGGGUGUUUGGUUGCUCUCUUUCAUGUGGGUCAUUCCAAUCCUAGGAUGGCAUGUUUUUGCUAAUAAUGGGGAAAGGAAAGUAGAGAAAUAUAAGUGUGAAACUGAAUUCUCUAAAGUCACCUGGUUUAAAGUGUUGACAGCUAUUGUCAACUUCUAUGUACCGUCUAUCAUAAUGUUAUGGUUCUACUAUAAAAUAUUCAGAGCUGUUCGAAAACACUGUCAACACCGAGAGCUCAUCAAUGGAUCAUACCAGUCAUUCUCAGAAAAAAACUCCAUACAUCACAGUAAGACAAAGAACGAGCAAAGUAUUUGUCUCCAAAAGCAAAUCUUAGAUGGGAACGCUCCUCCCAAAGACAAGCAAAGCUUGGAUAAAGCGGAAAAUAAGUGCAUGAGUGUAACAAAAGAGAAUGAAAAUGAAGAGGAGCCGGGCUCACAAGACAGUGACUUAAGUGAUGCAUCACACAACCAUACUUUCACAGAGGAGGUAUCCUCCAGAGAACACUCCAAUCCUAAGCCUGAAAGAGCCUGCAGUCCUCAGGAAAAGACGGAGAACAGGGAUUUCAAAGGACUGACUUACCUGAGGAAAACCUGGCAAAGUCUGCAUACCCAUUCCAAAAGGCACAUUCAAGGACUGCAUGGGAACAGGGAGAGGAAAGCAGCUAAGCAGUUAGGGGUCAUAAUGGCAGCCUUUAUGCUGUGCUGGAUUCCAUAUUUUGUAUUAUUUAUGGUAAUAGCUUUACAUGGCCAUAAACAAUUUUCAAAAUUACACAUGUUCACUAUAUGGCUUGGCUAUGUGAAUUCCACCUUAAAUCCAUUCCUGUAUCCUCUUUGUAACCAGAAUUUCAAGAAGACGUUCAAAAAGAUCCUUCACAUUCACUGA